AUGAGGUACAAAUGCGGUAUUUGUAUCGAAAAAUUGUCGAACCCAGUGCUGAUUCGAGAAUGUGGUCAUUUGUUUUGUGAAAGAUGUCUCAAUCAAUGGGCUCAAGUCAGACAAAAUGGCAGUAACAACUCUUGCCCCUUCUGUCGAACAGACUACACGGCCAGAGGGCUGAUCAAGGUUUCUUAUGCUUCUAAACCACUCAUUCAGAAUGUAAGUUUUUGGUAUUAGGAAAGGAAGCGGGAGUAUUAAAAAUACAACUUUUUGGGGAGGGUAAAAAUUUUUUGAGGGGGGGGUUGGGGGGGGCUACAUUUUUUUGAGAGGAUUAAACAUUUUUUUGGGGACGAGGAAAGGACGGUUGGUCAAAAAUGAUUAUUUGGAGUGUGUGGGAUUCAAAAGUUGGAUUGAUAGGUAAAAGCGCAAAAAAAUUUUAGAAGGGGUAAAAAUUUUUUUUGUGAGGGUGGGGAGGGAUGGGGUAUUACAAAAUGUAAAGGGCUGACAGCAAAAAGAAAAAACUUUCUUCUAGGAGGAGUUUUAAAAAUAUUUUUUUUGAGUACGGGGUAAAAAAAAUUUUGGAAUGAGGAGGGUCAAAAACUUGGUAGAUAAAUAUUUUUUAGUUGUUAUCUGUAAGUGUUUCUUACAGUAAUAUAAACUUAUUUUUAGGCCGAGUUAUACACAAAAAAGGCGAAAUUGGAAAAAGAAGUGGCAGCCAAGAGGAAGCUUUUGACCGAUCAUACUGCCAAGUAUAACAAGAUUAUUAAGGUAAUUACAUUUUUAUUAUACCAAAAGGUGCUAUAGUUAUUAAUACUUGAAGUAAUGUACUUAUUUGUUUUUAGUUUUGGUCCUUUAUGGCUAAAAAAUGGUACUAUUUGAGCGGUAUUAAAGUCUUGUCGUUUAUUUAUAAGUUUUUUUGUAAUAAAAAACGACAAGACUUUUUAAAAGCUUUAUAAAAUGUUAAAAUAGGAUCUUUUUGUGCCAUACAGUAUCAAAAUGAGUACUAGUUAAAGAUACUGAAGUCUUAUAUGCCAUUUUCUUUACUUUCACUCCCUACCUCUUACCCCUAAAGUAUUAGAACUAACUAAUAAGUCACUUUAAGUCUUGCAAGCAAUAUUUUCAUAUUAAACUUUUCAGAAUCUAGAAGAUUCGGUUAAAAGUGCCGAAUCUCGACUACAAAGCAAUAAAUCCUUGGAACAAAACCUACAUGAAGAAAUGGCAAUCAAACAAAACAAUGUGCAACAAGCGCAACAAAAACUUACCGUUUGUCGAAACUUUUUCAAAAAAGUCGCCGAAAAACGACUGAAACCGCGACACGAACCGGAACUCGACAUCAAAAUGGCAUACGACAUUGCUGCGAGGUAAAAUACGUUGAUUAAUGGGUAUUUCACUUAAAAAGUUUUGGAAAGAAUUUUUUUUUCAAAAAAAAUAAGAAUGGCAAAAAACACUAUUCAUCGUAAAACGUGUCAUCCGCUGACCGCGGAUAAUCAAAGUUUUACGUUUUUAGGCUAGAAAUGGCAAGAACUUUCUGUACAAAGCAAAAAAUGGCAAAAACUUUCUUUACAAAACAAUAAAUGGCAAAAACUUUCUUUACAAAUUGAUAAAUGGCAAAAACUUUUUUUACAAAUUGAUAAAUGGCAAAAACUUUCUUUACAAAACAUAAAAUGGAAAGAACUUACUUUACAAACUACAAAACGGCAAAAACUUUCUUUACAAGACAAGAAAUCGCAAGGACUUUCUUAACAAAUCAAAAAAUUGCAAGAACUUUCUUUACAAAACAAAAAGUCGCAAGAAUUUUUUUUACAAAACAUUAAGUGGCAAGGACUUUUAAAUGUAAACUGUGGAAACAAAGUUAUUGCGGUUUUACAUUUUUAGAAGGAUAUUCAAAUGCAGAACGUUGGUAACGGAGAAACGUGCCAAAUCAGAUGAAAUUGCGAAAAGUCGAGAAGUGUCACACGACUUGAAACAAUUCUUUGCCAAAUUGGGGCAAGAACGAUUGGAAGAGGCACUGACGUAUGAGAUGUAUACUAUGGUGUGCUCUAUGAUGGGGUAGGUAUAGUUUUGAUCUUGGAAACCCCUAUCCCUACCCUUAUCCCUACCCCUGCCGAUAUACUAGGUAGUACUGUAUUCUUCAUACCAAAUAGUAAUUAUAAUUUCCAGUUGGACUCCAAAAGAGAAAGCUCAAGAAAAAGAAGACACGGUAGUAGAAGAAGCAGAAGUAUCAGAAGAACAGCCAAUACCUACAACAACAUCGAUGGAUCCAGAGAAGUUAAACAAGAAGUUAGCCUUUAUGAACAGGGAUUGUGACCCGAAAGCUGGUCAAAAGAAGACGGCCAACCCCUUCGAAAAGCUGAGAAUGUUGUCUGAUAAAGAGAAGAGACUUCAUUUACCUAAAGAAGUAAGUUGAUAUUAAUGAUAACAGUUUUUUUAUAAAAAUUGAUGAAAAAUGUUAUUUUCAAUAUAAAAAUUUAUUAAAAACGACCUUUUCUUCGACGAUUUCUUGAUAAUCUAAUAGCUAUUCAAAAGUUUGCCAGUCGUGGGGGUAUAGCUCAGGGGUAGAGCGCUCGCUUAGCAUGCGAGAGGGCUGGGGUUCAAUUCCCCAUACCUCCAGAUCAACUUUUUGGCUUUUUGAGAUUAAAACUAGACUUUUAUUGCAAAGUAACUUAUGGAAAGUGUUUUAAAAUGCUUUUUUUUGUAAAAUACGGUCUUUUAUUUUUUUUAAAAUUUUUAAAAAUUUUAAAAAAAUUAAUUUAGAAUAUUUUUAAAAUGCCAAAAAGCAAUUUUUUAAAAUUAUUAUGAAAUAAUUAUUGUUUUAGAAUCAAAAAACGGAGAGAUCAAAUUUUCCGAACUUUAUUUUCACCUCACCCAAUAAAGCAGGGGAAGAUCGGAGGAACGAUGAGAAACGGCCGAAAGGCCAAUUCGACUUGAGAUAUGCGCCAAAAAAGGGCAAAAAUCAAGGAAAAAUGACAAAAGAGACUAAGAAUGGUAAGUUUUUUUUAUAUUUUUUUAUUUUAAAGGUGGUUUUUUAAAAUUAAAAAUUUUUUUUGAAAUUUUAAAUUUUUUAAAAAAUGACAUUUUAAUACUUAUAUAAAAAACAGAAUAUCUAUUUAUUCAUAAAAAUCCAUUUCAGCCACCAUAGACGACUCCCUAUUCGAACAACUACAAGCUCUGGAUACCGUAGUCGUUCAUGACCAUACCACCCUGAACAUGACAGUACAUGAUGCUACUCUGGCCGACUCCCCUUUUGCGGCAAGACAAGUCAAAUUCAAUAGACAAUCGUUUGAAAACAGAAGGAAAACCUUUACUGGAAUUGGCAAGAAUGAGACGAUUCAUCUGGACAGUGAUGAGGAUAUUGUAGUAGAUGAAAGAGCCAGAAAAGAAGCUUUGGUAGGCAAGCGGGAUAGAAAAGAUGGUGAAGAAGAUAAUGAUAGAAUAGACGAUGAUGUGUUAGUUCAUAGAACCAGUAAAAAUAAUGGAUAUGGCAAAGAAAAUGGCAGAAAACGGAGCGAAGACAGGGAUAUUAUACUAGACGAUGAUGUUGUAGAUGAAAACAUGGAAGAUAUGCAAAUAUUAGAUACUAUAGACCUAGAAGAAGCUGAGAAUAACACAAUAAAGCCAGGAAAUUCUGUAGCAGAUUCAGAAGGCACUUCUAAGACAUUAAAGAAAGCCGCUCGGCAAGUCUUGGUACCUACUACAAUAUCGAAGAAUUUCAAGUCAAACCAGGGAUUGGAAAAGAAGAGGUAUAGCUUAGAAGACGCAGAAAACCAUGGAGAAGAUGAUGUUGACAUUGAAGUAAAGAAAAGACGAUCAGAAUCCAGUGUAAACGAUCGAAAUUGGCAGAAUCAAGGAAAAACGGCAAAAAAUAAAGGAAAAAGUGCCAAAAUUAAUGGAAAAAACCGAGAAAGUGAUGGUGUUUUGACAUUAAAUGAUGGUCUGGGAUUAAAAGUUGAUGUUUUAAGUUAUGAAGAACCUUGUACGUCACAGAGAGAUUCAGAAUUGAUCGAAAAAGCACGGAAGACUUCAGAAGUAACGGCUGGAGAUAUCGAAACAGCCAAAAGUGCUUCAAAAUCUGUCGAAGUAGUUGAAAAUGAAACAGAUUUUAAUGAAGAUGCUGAUGAAAAUGCUGUUACGGAUUCAGAAAACACCGUUGGAUAUUCAGGAGGACUAGGAAAACUGGUGAAAAAGCUUCAAAAAGCUCCAGAAUUGACUCCAGGCACUAUCAGAUCCAAUAAACUCAUGCAGAUUCAGAAGAGAAAACGACCGGUCGAUCAAAAGUUGAAGGGAAAUGGAUUGGCUACAGUUGAAACAAUGUCAUUGGCUACAGAAAAACGUCCAAGUCCAGUAGCAUCGUCUUCGAAAAUCGGUCGAAAUGACAAAAAAUCGCCUGCAAAGCCGGAUUUUGGUCGAAAAUUCACGAAAAUCAACGCGGAAUUCGGGAAAAAGGAGCAAAAACUGCCAUUAAUUACGAUGAAUAAUCAAAAUCAGAAACUGAUCAGUAGGAAAAAGCCAGAAUCAACUGUUGUCACUAAACGACCAAAGUUUUUUGUGCCGAAAACGACCACCAAAUCGUAUGUUCAAAUGCCAUUGACAAAGUUUUGCGUACCGAAGAAGAAGGACGAUGACGAGGUUAUUACUCUUGAUUAA